AUGGUGGUCACUGUAAGCGGAGAUGUUUUGUUGGUUACGAGCAUGUUGAAUGGUUACGGUGUCUGGUUAUGCGAAAUCUACGGGAUGAAUUCGUUGACACAUGAGUGGGAGAAAGUUGUAUCUCUUGGUGAUGAAGCAAUGGUUUUGGAUUUGGGGAUCACUGUCAACGCUCAAGGAAUUAAUAGAAAUUCCAUCUAUUCCGCUCAUGAUAUACGAGGAAUUGAUAGAAAUUCUAUCUAUUUCAGUGGUCUUGGUCGUGAUGAAAAUCUUACUUUUAUCUUUCAUCUGGAGACAAACAAGUUUGAACGACCAUACCACUCAGUUUCUUCCUCUAUUCACAACUGUACUGCUCGAUGGUUCUUCCCAAAUUUCAGCCGGAAGCGACUCAUCUAA